AUGUCGGAACGCAAAGUGCUCCAGAAAUACUUCCCUCCGGACUUUGAUCCGUCCAAGAUGGUCAGGCAGAAGGGGCCCAAGAAGACUGGACCCCUUCUGCAGACCGUCAGACUCAUGGCUCCCUACUCGAUGAAGUGCACCGCCUGCGGAGAGUUCAUCUACAAGGGUCGCAAAUUCAACGCCCGUAAAGAAACGACGGAUGAAAAAUACUACGCCAUCACCAUUUACCGCUUCUACAUCAAAUGCACCCGCUGCUCCCAGGAAAUCACCUUCAAGACCGACCCCAAAAACAUGGACUAUGAAGCAGAGAAGGGCGCCAAACGCAACUUCGAACCCUGGAGAGAGGCCAAGCUUGCAGAAGAGACGGAAGAAGAAAGGCUGGACAGACUGGAGCGCGAAGAAGCCGAGCGCGACGCCAUGAAGGAGCUUGAAACAAAGACGCUGGAUGCGAAAACCGAGAUGCAAAUUGCUGACGCUCUGGACGAGAUCCGCACUCGUAACGCCCGCAAUGAACGCACUGCCAAAGAAGGAGCAGAAGUUACGGUUGCGGAUAAGGUUGACGAUGAAAGAGAAAGACAGGAAGCAGAGGAUGCUGAAGCAGCAAGACUGGCCUUCCUGGCAGGCACGGGUGAAAAGGUCAGAAGACUGGUUGAAGACCAAGAGGAAGAAGGGACUGGUACCGCUCCUACAUCGACUACUGCUACAACGACUACAAAUGGCUCCAUGGGUCCACCACCCGUCCCAACCUUCACCCGCAAACCAAAGAAAAAGACGGAUUUCGGCGCAAAAUUGGGUAUCAAAAAGAAAUCACUCGUCUGA